UAAAUUUAAAUGGCACUUAUUGUCAGUAACGUCAUUUGAUAUCUUACAUUACGAUAUGUGAAUAACUAGGGACUAAUAUUCUUGAAACAUAUAUCCAGGUUACCAUGACGAUAGAAACGCGACAACAAUACUCUUUUCUUCGAAAAACAUUGAAAAGUCGUUAAAGUGCAAGCAAAUAAAAAAAGUGUGGUCGAACAAAAACAAAAACUACAGUUAUAUUAAUUAUUAAAGUUAAAUUAUUGCAAGAAAAUAAUGGCAAAUGAUGUUCUCAGCAACGGUCGUUUACAGGAGAAUACAACGAACAUUGUACAACGAACGAGAAAUGACAGAAGCAAAAGAGCUCCGGAUAUAGCAGCUAUAGAGAGUCGAAAUUGGUUAUUACAUCGAUAUUACACGAGACACGAGUACGGCGCUUGCAAACUACUCAUCGAACAAGAACUAAUAAAAUCGGAUGGUCACGAAUACGCCAGUUAUUUGAAGGGUUUAAUUCUCAGAAAGGAAGGCAUUCAAGAUUCAUUGGAUUGCUUUCAAACCGCGUACCAUGUGAAUUCGACAAACGUGGAUAACAUUAAACAGAUAGCAAAAUCAUUAUUAAUAAUAGGAAGUCAUAGGCGCGCGAUAGAUGCUUACACGGAAGCUGAGAAGAUAUCCGCUGUACCGGAUUGGGAAAUAUAUUACGGUCUUGGCAAGUUUCAGUUUCGUGAAGCUUACGUAAAAAUGAAUCAAUUACAAGAGGGAAAGAAAUAUUUCAAGAGGUCAACCGAAUUGACGAAAAAUGAGUUGCCCAAUCUUGCUCUCGCGAGACUUUAUCUCUUGGACGAUAUGAUUCCAGAAGCCAGAAAUGCUUAUACGGCAGCUUUGAACGCAAAUCCCGAGAGUAUCGAUGCUGCGACGGAAUUGGGUCUCCUGUAUCUUAAAAUUGGAGAUACGCAACGAGCGUUUCAGCAAUUUGGAGUAGCAUUAGCCUAUUCGCCUAAUUGCGUUAAGGCGAUUGUGCCCAUGGCUUACAUAAUGCAGAAUCAUCGAGAUUACGAUGGUGGUUUGUCCAGUAUAAAAAUAGCAGCGAAAUCAUUUCCGGAGUCCGCGGCACUUUGGAAUAACAUCGGGAGUGUCUCACGCAAAACAGAAUAUGUCGCUGUAAGUAACAUUUAUCUAUUUUUCUUUCUUCUUUUUCUUUUUGGGUUUUCCUCGCAUAUCCGUUAUUGCA